AGACUACGAAGAAGAACUAGAAACGAAUCCAUUUACACACUCUGGAGGGGGGCCCUGAACGACUCGUCUUCAUCCGUCAACGAAACGAACCAAGGAAAUAUUUUUUAACCUUUCUAUCAACCUGAAGUCAAUUUUUGAGUUGCGCUAGGCCCCCUCCCAAAUAUUGACUGAAAAUAGUAGAUUUAUAGAUUGAAUCAUGGCGGAUUCGAGCAACAGUGCUGCGGCGGCUGGAGCCACAGGCUCGAAUACUGGUGCCGCCGGGGCUGUUGCGCCCGAGGGAGCGACUGGAGCUGCGGGGAUAAAGCCCGUGUUGGAGGUGGUAAAGGGGCAGAACUUUGACGUUGGCCCCCGCUAUGUCAACCUUUCGUACAUCGGGGAAGGGGCCUAUGGAAUGGUUUGCUCGGCCCAUGACGGCAUGACGGAUUCUCGCGUGGCCAUUAAGAAGAUCAGUCCGUUUGAGCACCAGACGUACUGUCAGCGCACCCUGAGGGAGAUCAAGAUCCUGCUGCGGUUCCGCCAUGAGAACAUCAUCGGCAUCAACGACAUCCUGAGGGCCCGCCGCAUCGAGUGCAUGAGAGACGUCUACAUAGUGCAGGACCUGAUGGAGACAGACUUGUACAAGCUCCUGAAGACUCAGAUGUUGAGCAACGACCAUACCUGCUACUUCCUGUACCAGAUCCUGAGAGGCCUGAAGUACAUCCACUCUGCCAAUGUGCUGCACCGUGACCUCAAGCCCUCUAACCUGCUCAUCAACACCACCUGUGACCUCAAGAUCUGUGACUUUGGGCUGGCACGGAUAGCUGAUCCAGAGCAUGACCACACAGGCUUCCUGACAGAGUACGUGGCUACGCGCUGGUACAGGGCCCCCGAGAUCAUGCUCAACUCCAAGGGCUACUCCAAGUCCAUUGAUAUCUGGUCAGUGGGCUGCAUCCUGGCUGAGAUGCUGUCCAACAGGCCCAUCUUCCCUGGGAAGCAUUACCUGGACCAGCUCAACCACAUACUGGGCAUCCUUGGCUCUCCCACUCCGGAUGACCUGAACUGCAUCAUCAACAUGAAGGCCAGGAACUACCUGCAGUCUCUGCCUGAGAAACCCAAGAUCCCUUGGAACAAGCUGUUCCCCAAGGCGGACAGCAAGGCUCUGGACCUGCUGGGCCGCAUGUUGACCUUUAACCCUAUCAAGCGCAUCACGGUAGAGGAGGCCCUGGCUCAUCCCUAUCUGGAGCAGUACUACGACCCCACUGAUGAGCCUGUAGCAGAGGAGCCGUUCACCUUCACCAUGGAGCUGGAUGACCUGCCUAAGGAGAAGCUGAAGGAGCUCAUCUUUGAGGAGACGUUCCGCUUCCAGGCCACCUACCAGGGCUCCUGAGAUAUAGAGCUUUGAAGACGAGUGACAAAGCCACACGGAGACUCCAAACGACAAGAUACAAAACAAAAAAAAUACAUAUAUACAGCAUACAACAAAAAAAAAGGACCAGAAACAUGUACAUUUUAAAGUUUUUUUAAAAUUUCUUUCGCGGGGAAGCUGUUUUUUUGGUGGAGGGGACUGUUGUCUACUUAAAGGAAAGUUUCACCCAUUCUGAAUGUUAUUGUUUUUGUGCAUCUCAGCAAUGUUCUAUUGAUUCCUGAGGGGUUUUUUUCAUGGUUUUUUUCAUGUGUAUCUGAGUUAUUGCCAUUCAAACAGGCAGAAAUUUGGAUGGUGUGUGGUAGCAUUGCGAUGAAGUCGCUCUCACUACACUGGAAGUUAAUAGGAAUUCGACUUUUAGAUCGCAAAAACGUCUUAUCAUACAUGUCAUAUUUCUCUCGAAUGAGCCAUUGAUCAUAUUUUUUGCGAUAUUCCUACCUUGAGAAAUAUGUAAUUAAACAGAGGGUCCCACCACAUUUCUCCUAUUUGUCUGCCUCUUUAGUCCAUGGUGCAUUUCAUGGUGCUAUUGCUUAUGUCAUACUAGGUUAAACAUGGUGAGAGUGCCAUUUUACAACUAACUAUUUCACAUGCUGAUAUUGACUCUGGCAUUAUUGUGUAGCUAGCUUGCCAGCCUAUCCACAGAGAGAGCAUUGUAUUGUGGAUUUUGUUGUCGAUUUGAGCUGCAACAGAUUUCCCACAAGAUUUUCACAUGUUGCUACCAACCUUAUUAUAACAAAAUUUUAAAAUGUGUUCACAAAAAAUAUUGUUCUCACAUUUAGUGUUAUUUAACACUGUAAAUUGUAGAAAUUAAUGGUUUUGGGUGGAUAUUUCCUUUAAGUACUUCUGCGCUCAUUUUAACCACCAUCAAGGAGACUCUUCCCUCUUUCUCUUUUACUGCUUUCUGCACGGAGUGUACUGUUUAAAAAGCAAGAACUUAAUCUGACCAACUACCACUCUCGUCCCUGUGAGCCCUUUCUCUUUUUUCCCUCUCAGUAAAUCGGUGUUCUUUCCAUCUCUUUCUCACUAGUCACAGUAUGUGUUACUGUAUUAACCUAAACUGUCUGUCUUGCUCCAUGGAAUUAUUGUUUGAGAAAAAAAAAAGAGAAAGAAAAGAUAGACUGGUGCAAGUUAGAUGUGUACAUAUAAAUGGUUUUGUUUGAGUGAUCUCGUGGAGGUUUGGUUUGUACGCCGUUAUUUGAAUGUUUUAUGAACAGUCAGGAGUCGUAUUUGUAUGUUUUGAAGUUUAUAUUUGAGAGAAUUGUUUUGUUUUUUUGGAACAUUGAUUUCUAGACAUUCUUUACUUGAUAAACAAACAUUCUAUGUUUUAACGGCAUGUUGGUGGUUUUAUAUAUUUUUUUCUUUUGUUUAGAAAUAUGUAUGUUGUUAAUCUAAAUGAACACGCAUUCAUUAUUGAAGUGUACCAAAGUGGCAAAGGUAGAGUGGGAUGGAGGAAUGGAGAGAUGAGGAAUGGCUUGAAUCGUCUUUGUACUGUAACCCACAGCUGGUUUAUCUCCAUCCUCACUUAUUCAAAGAGGACGUCAGAGUUUUCAGAUAGAAAUACAUGGCCUAGAACAGGCAUGAUUACCCCACAUCUUAGAAAUUCUGACGUGAUUCCCUAUUCUCUGUGCUAGUCUCUGACUCACUAACACCGAUCAGCGACAUGCCACAGACCCUCACCGGUCCUUAAAUGGGAGGUUAAGGAAAAACGGCAAUCUUUUUUUGAAGAGGGGUGCCUAUAGUAUGUUUCUCUUCUCCCAAAACAAAUCUGCCACCAUAUUAGAAAAUUCAAAUUUCUCCUGUCUGCCAAUUUGCCAUUCCCCCCUCUCUCCUCCCUUCAUGUGUCUAGUAUUGUUUCGGGGAGGACAGUGAUUUGUAAAUACUCUAUUUAGUUGUGGAGGGUGGCAGGCAGAAUCAGCAGAUAUAGGACUGAUAUUUACUUUACGCUUGUGUUAAACUGAUAAUGGUUGCCACGGUUACGGUGUAUAUGUAAUUAGUGGCUGAUUUUUGCUCUUUGUUUCCUUCUAAUGUGCAGUGUUUCAUGGUGGGCUUCGCUCAGAGCUUAACGCAUUGCUGUCACAUUUUCCACUCACAUCUAACAGUGGACCGCUUCAUUUUACCGUAGCACAUCCUUAGCCCCUCAGAAGCUAUAAGCCUCUAUUCAUGGUCGAAGUGGCCCUACUUAAAGAUCUGGGAUCAGUUUAGCCUCCUAAUCCUUAUGUUUGGCCAUUAGAGGAGGCGGAGAGUAAGUAUGAGUCCAGGGCUGUGUUCAGGAAGUUUUUACGUCCUGGAACGUUCAAUUGAACUGACACUGCUGUUGGGGAACGCUAUCAGCAUGGCUAAUGCCCUUUAAAAACGCUGUCAGUUAUGAGCAAACGUGCCUGUCCAGGAAUAUUUUUGGUAAACGUGUCAGUCAGUACAAACCGUUGCGCAACGUAGCAAAUGUUAAAGCGAACUGAACGCACCUCUGAUCGAUCAGUGGAUAUGGGCAGUAUCAUCCAUUCCACACACCCCAAUUACCAGCCAUGCUUUACUCAAAGGGCUUUCUCCCUCAGGUCCCACCCACCACCCUUUUAUCUCGCUUCUGAUUGGCCGAGACCUACCAAACCACAUCCCAGGUUGGCUGCCAUUUGCUUACUCAUUUCUUUUACUCUUAUUUCCUGCUAUAAAUUGUUUUUGUUUCCUCCCCCCUCCCUCAAUGAUUACUGUUCCAUCCCCAAUCAUGGCUAGAAAUGAAAGCAGAUCUGAUUUUAAAGUGGAGGAGCAUUGCUUGAGUGACAUCUGUCAGUUAUGUUGGGGGAAGAGGUUUACUUGAGUCAUUCGUGUUUCUCAAUCAGCGCACCAGCACUUUGCCACGCUAACCAAACUUUUCCCCCUUCUGUUUUUUAUUUUAUUUUUUUCAGCUGUUUUAGUCUUAAGUCAAGACAUCAGCCUACUCUUUUGCGCUUACUUCAAUUUGUUCUCUUUCCUCCCUCUUUAAUCUGCUUGCUUUUCUGGGCAGAUUUUUCAUGGAAGCUCACUGGAGCCGUCACACUUUUUGAGUGUGUGCGUGUCAAGUGUCUUAACACACAUUUGCAGUGGACCACCCUGGUCCGUGCUGUUUCAUUGUGUGUGUGUCUGUAUAGUCUGUGGUUGACAGCAGACACUACUCCAAUCGGCAGUAUGUAUGUGUUCCUCUGCGUCUGUGUGUUUAUCUUUUUGAAACGCACUCCAGAGGCUUUCCCGUUAUUUCUAUCUGCAUGUUUGGAUACUUGUGACUGUCUGUGGUUCUCUGACCAAAAGCUGCUUAACUAUCCCCCCCAAACCCUUUUUACCCCCCACACACACACACACACACACACACACACACCAGCGACAGACCCAACUGACCGCCAGUCUCAACGGAGAACAAUGCGAAUGAACCAACGGGACCAUGUUUUGCAAUACGCAAUCAUUCACUUUUUCACAGACACACGCAUACACAUAUCCUUGCACACAAAACACACCACAUAUGCACACACGCACACAAUACAUGAAGAAAAAAAUGCAUAGUCAGGCCAGUUUCUAAAUAAUGUCCUUUUUAAAUGGCUGUUCUUUAUUAUUGCUAUCGUUGUUAGUGGUGGUCUUUUUUUUUCACAUAAGGGAGUUGUAUCUAUUUUUUUGUUGGUAUAAUUUUUUUUAUUUCUCUUUUUGUUUCUCUUAUGGGUGUGCUAUAACUGGCAGUGUUCACUCUUUAUGGAACCUAUUUUUUUCCCCCAUUAUUAUUUUGAAUGAAGAUGAUAUGCCAUAUGAGUAGGUUGUCAGAGAGAUGAGCUAUUGAGGGUUAUCGUCUAUGUAUAUUCUAUGGGUAUUAUGAAUUAAACAAUUAACAAAGAAACAAAAUUAUAUACAUAUAAUAAAUAAAAUUCCUGAUACUGGUAAA